AUGCCUCGGAACCACGUGCGCCGUUUGCUGUGUUUGUCUUCCAAUAUUCGAUCUAUUCACAAAAAUGGACGUGCGCUCCUCUAUCAUAUUGAGCAAUUUGGCUUUGACUUAAUCGCUCUAUCUGCAACUUGGCUUAGCGCGGGCGCUCAAUGGUCGUCUUCUUUUGGUAGCCGUUGGCCACAGUACGACUUGAUCAGGUCCGACCACAUUUCGAAAAAAGGUAUAGGUGUCGCAGUUUUGGACAAGAAAACCCUUUCUACUGUCACAGUUUUGCGUGAAUGUUGUCCUGAAGGAUAUGAAAUUCUAUGUGUAGAUAUCAUAAUGGCUCCCUCCGCCACUGCCGCGGCUACAAAUAUAUUAUUUCAUGCGAUCAGUGAUCUCAUCUCCUCUCACCAUCACUGCAUAAUAACGGGAUACUUCAAUUUAUCUGAUAUUGAUUGGUCAACUCCUUCUGGUAGCACCAGUUGCUCCGCCACUUCCAAAUCGUUUACGGACCUCUGUGGAACGCACCUUCUUGCGCAACAUGUCAAAGUGCCCACAUUAGGAGGUAAUAUUCUCGACUUGGUGUUGACCAACACUGACGGCUUGAUUCACGGUUUGUCUGUCGCGCCCCCUUUGGGCACUAGUGACCACAGCAGUGUCGUUUUUGACUUAAACCUUUUUGCUGCCAGUAAGCCACUUAUAAAAAAGAGAAGCUUCAAAGAUGCAAAUUACAACGCGAUCAGAACACACCUUGCUGGCAUCGACUGUUCCCGUUCUUUUGGCCUCUCAGUCAAUCAAUGA